AUGCUCUCCGGCUCCGACGUCGCAGCGCACAGCUCUCGACAGAGCUUGUGGAUGAUUAUCCACGGCAAGGUGUACGACCUCACCGAGUUCGCCCCGAGCCACCCUGGAGGCGAGCGCAUCCUGCUCAAGUACGCCGGCAAGGACGCGACCGAGGAGUACGACCCGAUCCAUCCGCCUGGAACUAUUGAGGGCGCGCUUUCGCCGGACAAGCACCUGGGCGACGUCGACCUCGCCACGCUCUCGGACGAGCAGAAACCUGUCGAGCAGCCCGUCGUCAAAGCCCCGACGGGCGAGGCGCCCGUCACCCUCGGCGCGUGCCUCAACCUGGACGACAUCGAGCGCGCAGCAGAGCGACUCCUCAAGCCGAAAGCCUGGGCCUACUACCGCAGCGCAGCAGACGACGAAAAGACGUACGACUGGAACCGCGAGGCGUUCUACUCGGUCCGGUUCCGCCCGCGCGUCAUGCGCGACGUGACCCAGGUCGACCUCACGACGUCGCUCCUCGGGUUCGAGUCGAGCCUGCCAGUGUACGUGUCGCCUGCAGCCAUGGGCCGCCUUGCGCACCCGGACGGCGAGAAGUGCCUCGCGAGGGUGGCGGCGACGCACGGGAUCCCUUACAUCGUGCCCAUCCCUUCCUCGCCUCUAUUCUCUCCUGACGCACGAUCUGACUCGUCGACCCGCUCGCAGCUGUACGUCAACCGCGAUCGGCGCAAGAGCGAGGAGAUCAUGCGCGCCGUCGCGAAUGCUGGAUACAAGGCUAUCUGCGUGACUGUCGAUGCACCGGUGGCGGGCAAGCGCGAGCGCGACGAGCGGGCAAAGCUGGACGAGGAAGCGGUCCCCGUCGCCCACACCGGGCCAGACGCCCCGGAUGCGCCGCAGGACGAGUCGUCGCAGGGUAUCGCUCAAGCUCUCGGCAGCUACGUCGACGCGACCCUGAGCUGGACCGACAUCCCGUGGAUCCGGCAAGCCUCGGGCGGCCUCCCCGUCAUCCUCAAGGGCAUCUCGACGGCCGAGGACGCCGCACUCGCGGCGCAUCACGGCGCGAGCGCCAUCAUCUUGAGCAACCACGGCGGGCGGCAGUGCGAGGGCGCGCCGAGCAGCCUCGAGACGCUUCUCGAGAUCCGCAAGUUCGAGCCGCAGGUGUUUGACCAGCUCGAGGUGUGGGUCGACGGCGGGUACCGUCGCGGGACUGACAUCCUCAAGGCGCUCGCACUCGGUGCUCGGGCGGUGGGCAUUGGACGACCCUUCAUGUACUCGCUCGCGUUCGGCGACGCCGGCGUCAACAAGGUCGCGACCAUCCUUCGCGACGAGCUCGCGCAGAACACGCGCCUCCUGGGCGCCACCAAGCUCGACGAGAUCGUGCCCUCGAUGCUCAACACACGCGAGCUCGAGGCCAACUUGUGGAACGGGCCGUACGAGAGCCCGGUCAGCAAGUCGCUCCUCGCCAAGCUGUAG